AUGCAUCUUCGAGCCUUGGUUGUUUGGCUCUUUGCAGUCAAUACCACUUUAGCCUCACUCUACGCUGCCCCAUUCGAGGGACUUGCUUUCUACAAGUCUUACCUCGCUGAUUGGGAGGCAAACCCAACCGGUUCAAAGACUAUCGCUCCAGGAUGCUAUACCUUUUUCACCAGCGCUCCCAAUACCAAGAAACCAUGUGACUUUGAUCAAUUUGUUGAUCAUGUAUAUGGCAAGGCGGUUGGCUACACAAAACAAGACAUUUCCGGGCUGUCGAUUAACGAUGCUGCCAAGAAGAUCUUCGACAAUGGAUUCAAGGGCUUGAAAUAUGACCUCACCAAGCUGCUGCCUGGGACACCUAGUGGAACACACUAUGGUGAGGUCAUCCGGGACAUCGCCAACGCUGUGCAGAACGCGCGGCAGAAGGGCGUUGGGGGCCAGACUAUUCAAGACGUCUAUGACGCAUUCCACGGCAUACACAUUGAGCGCUCAGCGGAUCAGUACAAGGGGUUGAUGCGAGAUUUGAAGAAGACUUGGUUGAACAAGCAUGGCCUCGUCCUCAAUACGAAGGGCAAGAACACACCUCUUGGCAGAGACAACAAUGCUCCAGACUACGAUAAGGCGCUGAAGCCAUGGAAGGGCACGCCAAUGUACGCCACCAAACUUGCGGCUCUGCAGACUGAUGAAAAGACGUACUUAAACAAUCCAAGCACCAAGGGCGGUCAGCAUAAGGGCCAGAUCGUGCCUUUGGUCAAGGCAAAGAAGGCUUUCAAGGGCGCUGCCACCUGUCUCUUGGUCUAG